AUGAUCAUAGAUUUAGACCUUUUUUGUGGACUGGGCGACCUGUAUUGUUCUUCUUCAUGUGUCAAAGAAGACCAGCAAACCCAUGUUGUAGAGGAACACCGGCCUCAAAAGGGCAGAACUUCAGGUACGGGUCCCGGGUAUCACUCUUGUCUUCUCCAGGACGAGGGCCUCCCACCCUUGAUCUUAGAUGAUCCCGGAACGCCGGAGCCCUCCGACUACUGGCUGCAUCCCUGCGACUGCGCGCCGCCGGCCUGGUCCACCGGGGCCCCGGUGAACGCAGAGAAGUUCGAAGAGCAGCCUGCCGAGAGCCAGAAUGACUACAUCCCGAGCCCCUUCAUCAUCGUCAGUGGUCAGUUCGUGUGCCCGUCUCGGCAGCUCUUGCCCAAGAUCGGCAUUCAAUUCCAGACGGAGGAGGAGCUGUUGGAGCCCUCGGACUGCGAGGCGCGCUGCCGGGAUCACUCCGAUUGCCAAUUCUUUUGGAGUGGCGCCCAACACGGCGCCGCCACCUGCCGACUCUUUCAGGGCUGCGAUACGCUCGUGAGGGAGUUCAGCUUGGAAGGUGAGCUCAAAGCCUUGCCCCGGCAGCGUGCCUGUCGCGUGGCCGACGCCGAGCUGUGCUGGGCCACGAGCUUGCGGAGGUCGUUCCUCACGAUGGCGUUCCGUUCAGGCUCCGCUGCCGGGAACGCCGUGGUACCAGAGGUGGUGCCGCCCCCGCCGGUGGAGCCACCAGCCAGCGGGAUGGUCGCAUGGUUCAAGAGCGAACAUGCAGGCUCCACGUGGAAGAGCUCUGUGGGCGACUGGGAGGGCGUCGCCGUGCGCGCCUCGGCGCAGCGCACGGUGCUGGCGGGCUACGGGGCCGAUCGACCGGUGGCCUAUGUGGCAGGCGGUUCCAUGGCUGGCUUCUAUUUUGGCACAGUGCUCAAACGCACCUUCACCCUUUGCUCUGUGACCCGCUACACUGGCUGGCACCGCGGACGUAUUUUGCAAACGGCUGAGAAGAACUUCCUCCAUGGGCACUGGUCUGAACAGGUGGGGGUGGCGCACUAUGACAAGUGGGUGACGCACACCCACCGGAAUCGGAAUUUCAUGGACUGGUUGGUCAUGUGCGGCACCAACGCCGCCGCCCGGAUCUACGACGCCACCAUGAACGUGGCCAGCGACACGGCGGGGGACCUCGGAGUGGAGCAAACCUUGGUGAUCAACAAUGGUGCGUAUAAUGAGGUGUCCGACUUUGGUGUGAUGGAGGUCAUUACCUGGGAUCGUGCCUUGAGUGAUGCUGAGAUGCUCACGACCGUGGAGUAUCUCCAGUGGAAGUUGAAGGCGGGAACCUUCUUGGAGGCGGAGCCGCGCAAGCCCUUCCGCGAGAGCAACUUCGUGAUGUCGAAUCCCGGAGGUGCACACUACUCGGACAAUGUUCAAGACCAGACCUUUCACCUGACCUUGGACAAUGGUUACACAGUGUCUCUUCAUGGCUGGACUCAUACGCGCGACUACGCCGGCUUCUUGCGGAACCAGGAUGGCCAUGCCACUGCCCAGGUCACAGGGCUAUCGCCCAACGAAGUCUAUCUCUAUGAGAUCUUCUCGCGGGACACCUCCGGGCACUUCAAUGAAGUGAACCUCUUCUCGGUGAACCGUGGCAGAGAAGCCACCAUCUCACAGGACAUCUUUGACUUUCCAAGGGCAGUGGGUGUGGCUACUGCGGACGCACACGGAGGGCUCCUGUUCACCUUCCGACGCUGGCAGAGCCAUGUCCACUUGAGUGGUCUUCACAUCAGCAAGAUCGGUCACCACUCCGCGCCUCCGAAGCCGGCGGACCCGCCCUCCGCGGGGAUGGUUGCGUGGUUCAAGAGCGAGAACGCAGGCUCCUCCUGGCCGAGUUCGGUGGGCCACUAUGAAGGUGUGUCAACCCAGACCCACUCCUGUGCGCGCACGGUGGGCGCUGGCUACGGCGCCGAUCGGCCGGUGACCUACGUGCGAGGGCGCGCCAGCAGUGGCAUGUCCUUUGGCCCGGUCAUCAAGCGGACCUUCACGCUCUGCUCGGUGACCCGCUACGACAGCACCUAUGAGUCCCACCGGAACCGGAUCCUUCAAACCACCGAAUCGAACUUCUUGCACGGCCAUUGGCAUGGGCAAGUGGGAGUCGCCCACUACAACAGUAACGGGUGGCAAACCGACACCUACCGCCAGCACGAUUCGAUGGAUUGGCUGGUCUUUUGCGGUACCAACGCCGCGGCGCGCAUCUAUGAUGACAUCCACAAUGUGGCCACAAAGACCGCGGGAGACUUGGGAAUGGAUCAAAACUUGGUGAUCAACCCUCAUGAAGGCGUGGCGUACAUCGAAACCAGCGACUUCGCCGUGAUGGAGAUCAUUACCUUGGAUCGAGCCUUGAGCGAUGCUGAGAUGCUCCAGGCGGUGAACUAUUUGAAGUGGAAGUUAGCGGCUGGCAGCUUUCUGGAAGCAGAACAUCUCAGCGACUACAAGGAGUUUAACUUCGUCGACCAUGUCACAGAAGUCCAUCAGAACCUCAAUGAUAUCGCAGGCCAGACCUUCCAGAUCAAUCUUAAGAACGGCUAUUCUGCCUCGCUCACCGGUUGGACACACACCCGGGACUAUGCAGGCUUCCUACGGAAUGCUGCUGGAAAGGCCACAUGCACGGUGAAGGGCUUGGUGCCCGGCGCGCAGUAUCUCUACGUCGUCUUUGCACGCGAUACUUCCGGACAUUUCAACUAUGUGAACUAUGUCUCGGUGAACCAUGGCCGGGAGGCCACGAUGAUGCAGGAUGCUUUCCCACACCCGCGCUUCAACGGAGUGACGUUGGCCAACCCCCGUGGAGAGAUUGUCUUCGAGUUCACCCAGGUGAAUGUGCACGUGCACUUCUCAAGCUUGGCCAUCGCACCGGUGAAACGUCCCUACUCCGCCCUGCAGCUGGACUCGGCCGUGAAGAGUAUGGCACAGGCUUUACCAGCGGUAGAGGCCGGAUUCACCUUCAUACACCUCUACCAGCAGUGUGAUACCAUCCUCUUGCUGGGCGGCAUGGGUGUGGAACACUGUGGCCGCCCGGAAUACCGCGCCCCAGACUCCCAUGAGUGGAGGCACAAGCGGCCUCUACCGGGCGCCUUAGGCCAUGGCUCCGUUCUCAUGGCCUCCUGCUGGACUGAGCGCUAUCGACUCACCUCGCGCGGCGCGAGCCUUUCAGGUGCUACCGCGGUGGUGGCCAGCGAGCGGUUGCAGUGCAUCAGUGGCAGGUGGUACAACAGCCUCUCCAAGGAGAACUUGCAAGACUUCUCCUGCGACUCCUGCGUGCAAGUCGCCGCGCAUGGAUUUGCCGCGUAUCAUUUACGCCGGGAACAGGAGCUCUACUACUUCAAUCGCAUGGCCUUGAGCGUCUACACGGAGCUGGGCAUGAUCAAGGAGCUCAGUGCUCAAGCGAAGCACAGACACUGCUUGGAGCCUUUAGGACAAGGACCCAAUAUGACAGUGACUGCAAGCCUGGCUUGUCCAGCUAACAUCUUGGCGCAGGUGAGCUCCCUCUCCUCCCCGCUGAACCGGCACCUGCGACUCUUGCCCGAAGACCUCAGCGGCCUGAGCACUCCCGGACAGUGCUUGACCGCCCGGCAUGCCGUGGGCGUGGCGCGCCCGGGGCUGGCGCACGCGGAGUGCAGUGGGAGUGAUGAGAAGCAGCUUCUGGCACCUGGAGAGUUGCCCUCGGACAUGUGGAACCUGCACGUGGAGGCGGAGGAAAGGACUCAAGACCUGCAUAAGGCUUACUCGUCCUACUGCGGGACUAGCGGAGCGCUGAGUAACCUGGACUUUGGGCAGGUUUUCGCUGGUGACCUGGCCACUACCACCAAGUGCAAGUUCGCGCCUUUAGUCGCCUUUGGCACGUUCAAAGACUCGGGGAUCUUUCGCGACAAGGGCCGGAACGACUGGCCGGACUGGCACCACAUGAUGGCGGACCAUCCGGUGGAGUGCGAGAAUGGCGAGGCCUUGACCGCCUUCAAGUUGGAAAUCGGCCCCAACACCUUUCAGUACGAGUGCAGCAAGAUUGGUGGCUUGGGCAGCUGCUUCGACUAUUGGACCCCCCAAGUGGAGGUGAAGGCCUUUAACCAAUGGCCUUCCAACUGGGUCAAGACCAUGCGCAUGCUCCGCACCGACUGCGGGGAGAACUCGGUGAUCGCGGCGCUGCACUUCGAGUACAGUGAGGGUGGGAAGUGGGCGCGGUCUCGCUACAGGUGCUGCAAGGCCGGUGGAGCGCCGAUCACCUUCGAUCCACGUGGCCAGGUGGCAGAUCUGGUGAGCCCCUUCGACGGCGUCUACUGCCCAGGCGAUCGGGACGUGUCGGGCCGCCUGCGCUACGUGAGCAGUGCUGGAAAGGCCUUGAGCUUCGAUCGCGACACCGGCAAGUGGUGCAUUGGCUCAGACUGCUCCGCGGUCACGUCGCAGGACGAGCCGAAGGAACUCCCGGGCGCUGUCUUCGAUGUGGUGAACGUCUCGGACUUCGAUGGGGAGUUUUUGGGUGCCGGGGUGCCAGGAGAUGGGGUGAAGAAACUCUCGCUGGAAGAGGUGUUGAAGCUCAAACCACCCAAACGCCCGCCGCAGCCUCCCAUGCCCAAGUUGGAAGUGUUCAAGGCGGAACAACCCAAGUAUGCCGCGGAGUGUUUGGACUAUCAGAACCUUUGGAAGGAAGUGUCUGAGACCUUCAAGAACGAGGAGGAUGAGACUGUGACGGAGAUCUCGAGGCUCGAGGCUGAGCCCUCCACCCAGGAUCUGCCGAUGCCGGACUACCACCCCUGCGAGGUCGCGAAGAGCGCGGGUGGCAUCUUUGGUCCGAUCGGCGGAGGCGAUGGGUCCACGGCACCUGAGAACAUGAUGUACAGCGAUUGGAACGAUUGCAUGCAGGGCGACAUCGAGCGUGAUUUGAUCUCCGCUGAAGGUGGCUAUCAUAGCGCGAUGUCGGGGUUCAUUCAAGACAUGGUCGAAGAGGGCAUUGGCCUCAUUUGCAAAGCCAUUCCGGAUGUCACAAUUGCACCCUGGGCGAGCGGAUGGUUCAGGAUCUGCGACGGCGCCGCCGAGCUGGUGGGUGCCAUCAAGAAGUUCUCGGGGCCGACCAGCGAAUUCGCCUUCGCGAAGAAGGAGAUGGAGAUCCAGGAGGAAGGCUAUGCGGCUUGCAACCCACUGCAGGUGGGCUUCGCCCGGGCCUUCUGCGAUAUCCACUGCGUGCGCGACGCCGUGAUCCGGGGCGAUCGAUCCAUCAUCCGGAACUUGGAAUUGGCCACCAAGAAGACCAACAACAAUCUCCAGAAGUUGGUCCAGUGGUCCGUCGAUGCCGCGCGCACGGAGACCGGCUGGCUGGGCGAGAAGCUCGACUACAUGCACACCAUCAGCUCAGCCUAUUUGGCGCACAUCUACGACCUCCUGCGGCCGGACGACGGCCUCGCCCAGCGCGGCGCCCUCAGCGCGGCUGAGCUCGGCGCCUUCGCCGCCGAGCUGCGGCGCCUGGGCGAAGGCGCCGCGGCGGGCGACGCGCUGCAGCGGGCCACGGCGCAGGAGGCGCUGCAGCGGUUCCUGGACGCGCCUGAGGCGAAUGCCUCGACAGCAGCAGCCUUCUUGGGACGCUUAGAUUCCCUCCAACAGACGCUGCAGCGUGCUGGCCGGCGGGGUGCCAGCAAGGAGCAGCUGCUGAGCCGGCAGACGAGCAGCCAGGCGCGGCGCUUGCAGCGCACCGCGCGAAAGCAGCUGAGCGCUUUGGGUGUCUACAGGAUCGAGAGCCAGGCGGCCAAGGAGGCGUCCCAACAUCUGCUGAGCUCGCAGGAGCACUUCGCGCUCGCGAGCCUGGAUAAGAUCUGGUGGAAGCUCCGUGAGAAGUUGGAGAAGUACCUAGAUGUGGCGGAGUUGGAGGUCCAGUCCUUCCAGCAUUCCAUCGAGGAGAUGCAGCACUAUGUGGGUUGCGAGGCCAGCUUCACCAGCUUGGCAGCCAGUUACACCCAGAGUAUGCACCGGAUGACUCGCAGCCAUCGCCUACUGAAACGCACGUGGCGCGAGGCCACGCUGUUGAUGGGGGAACUGAGUUCGACCCUCCAGGACACCGAAGCACUGAAACUCUUUGUGAAGGACCAAGGAUGCGACUCACACCUGGUGAAGGAGACCAUGAAGCAGGUGCGCUCGGCGCUCUUCGGCCUGGCGCUGCUGCAGCACCGCUUCGCGGCCGCGAAGCUGGCCGCGCCGGGCCGUGUGGAGCUGCAGCAGGCGGUGCGGAGGAUUGAGGACGCUUACCAGGCAGCACAUCUCCGCUGCUGAGUGUCACAACGGUUUUGCGACGUGAAGACACUGGCAUCAUAUUUUCAAAAGCGCUGGAUCAACCAACACAAACAUCCGCGUGUCUGUGCGAUGAUGCGUUGAUGCGUGCGAUUCGGACCACAUGAAGCCAACCCUGCACGGAGGACCCAAAU